GUGGUAGAGUCCAAGGGGGUGACGUUUGUCUCUAACACGGAAGAAGACAUAAACGAUGGAGUGAUGUAUGUAGCCAUGUGAGCCGCGAUAGACUGCACCUUAAGUCCAACUCGAAGAGGUUGUGGCUUGUAAGGCCUGCACAGACAAACUAGGACUAGGCUAGGACAGGUGAUACCUGGAGAAGACUGGGACGGCUUUCAUUUGAAGUUUUAUGUGCGCGAGGCAGUGUGCAGUGUUGGUUAGCAUCUCCCGUGUGUUCAGUGGGGUUAGGCAGUUUGUUUGUUGUUUUAACUUAAUGUCUCUUUCCACAAGGAACAACAAAUAAUAAAUGACGAGAAAAAUAAAAUGGCCUUUGCAAACCUUUUCGCCGGACUUGUUGUCAACGAAGAGGUCAAGAGUCCUGGUCAACGAACCUUUAAACACAGGAACGAGAGUAACAAUGGUAAAAGAGGCAAUGCCAGAAAGAGAAAAACCGAGGGUGAGCAGAAUGGCCCUGACAAGAAGAAACAACGCUAUCAGGCCCAGACAGGCAGGACUGACGAUACUAAAUCCAUUAAAGACGGUGAUUCCAAAGCCAUACACUACCAUAUGCAGAACACUGGUAGUGAACAUGCAAGUAUUGGCUUCGCCAGAGAAGUGAUACAUAACGAACAUAAAUUUGUCCACAAUAACAUGUAUCACAAAAGUCAUAAUUACAAAGGUAAAAGUAGCCGUAAUGUGAAGAAGCAACAACAGCAGGAAAAGAAGACGGAGAGACAGAAAUCUCAGGCUCAAAGGAAGGAUGGGGGAAGACAUACCAAUAGGGGUGGACGCCAUCAGACUAGACCUACUUCGAGAAAAGGUGGAGGAAACGGUAAACAUAAAGAUGGCAAGCAGAAUGUUCAAGUGAAACCCACAAGAUCCAUGACACAAGAGUUCAAGGACCAGAAUGCUUUGUUAGUGGAUGGACAGUUACUUUGUCGACAUUUCCUUUGGGGAAGGUGCAUCAAGGGUGACAACUGCCAACUGGAGCAUAUUCAGGGUUACAAUGAUCUCAUCAAAGAAGUUUGUAAAUUCUACAUCCAAGGACUCUGCACAAAAGGGGAGGGCUGCCCAUACAUGCACAAGUCUUUUCCUUGCAAGUUCUUCCACAGAAAAGGAAAGUGUUCUCAGAGAGCAGAUUGCAAGUUUUCCCAUGAGCCACUUAAUGAGACAACUAACCGACUGUUGGAUGAGGCAUUAAAACGGGAAAAUGAGCUCUAUGAACUGGCAAAGAAAGCCAAACAAGAGUCAUCAGGGCAGCCAGAAAACACAGACGAGUCAAAAAUUACAGAGGCAAAUAGGACCCCUGAUAUACUAAUGCAGCCACUCAGGCCUAACUUUUACAACAGUGGAGAAAAAAAUGCCAAGCAGGAAGUCUUGUUGUGUCAGACUGAACCACUGUCUGAUAUCAUGGAGACAGCUGCCCCACCACAGGCAUCAGAUGGUGCCCAACCUCACAGCCUGCUGUCAACGAACCUUAAUCAAGAGGAGCCAGUUUGUUAUUCCGUUGAAGCAGUGCUUGGACCUAAGCUAUUCAAACCAUUCCCUGGUUUCUUUAAAAGUCCUGAAAGUCAAGAAUCUGCGCCUCUCUAUGUUCCACAGACUACUUCUGAUUGCACUUCAGGCUCUGCACACCAAAGCAAAGUUCAAUACUCUGUUGAUGCUACUGAUACUGUCAGCUCCUGUAAAUCAGUGGGAAAUUCUACUUUUGGCCACAUACCUACCUCUCCUACUGUACAAACUGUAACCUAUACUCCAAAAAAUGAGUGUGGAGAACUCACUGAUCCUCUGCUCUCAGAAACUGAGAAUGUCUUGUACUCUCCAAAUACCAGAAAUGAAGCGAAUAAAUCCCAGGAAAAAAUGUUCAGCAGCCUAUCAUCCUUCCAAGUGCACACUGACCUGAUUUCAAAAACCUGCCCUGAUCUUACUCUGGCCUCUUGGGAUCACAAGAAACAAGGUGGGGAAAUGCUAGCAUCCCUGAAACCUGCUCAAAGAGCUUCCUAUGAAGUCAAGUUGGAGGUGUUGCACUCUGCUGCCACGGUGGCAGAGAAGUCUUUGUCCUCCAAAAGAAAAGGGGAUCAGAAAGGAAGCACAUGCCUACCUAUGGAUAUUUUGAACUGUAAAAGUGAAAGUGUUCUUCCUUUUGCACCCACAAAGCACAGAAGCCUGACAUUUACUCCCAAAUGUCCUAUACAGUUGAACCCACAUCUCUCUGGUCUGACAUCUAACUCACAAGCCUCAGUAAAGCCUCUUUGUCCCUCUUCAAGUUUCUCAGAGUUUAAAGGUAGAGCUCCUGUUCCUGCUGAACUUGUCACCAGUUCAGCUAGGACUUGGAAACUUGGAAAACAACAACAUUAUUCUAAUGAAAGCACAGCAGAGUGCAGUAAAAUGGCACAAUGUGGUGAUUUGUUAGUUGGAUGUAAGAAGACCCAGAAAAGACCACUUUAUAGUCUUUUUGAGAGCCCCAUCACUGACAGCCUGAAGCCAACACCAGAUUUCUUAACAACCCCUUAUUGUCCUCAAGGCUUUAUUCAAUCUUCCUGUCCUAUUGCACAGUCUGCACACUGCAGAAGUAAAAAUAUACAUGUAAAAACUGCGGUUGAACCCGACCAGGCCUCGGCCAGGUCCUUCCUCAGUCUUUUUGCGGCCCCUCUCACUACUCCUCCUCUCCAAUGCGUGCAGUCUAAGGUGGAUUAUUCAACGACUGCCUCCUGUUCUCAAGAGUCAAACCAAUCAGCUGAUAAUAAAUCUCAGUUAUCAGACUCUAAACAAAGAGCUUUGAAUUUAGAGACACCUCUCUCACGGCAGGUCAAAACUGGUGUCAAACAAACUUCUCACAGGCCAACAUCUCCUGAAUUCUCCCCUAUUCCUAAAAAUGAAAAUGAAGAAGAUUUAUCUGAGCCCGUAAAUCAGCCUACAAAGCAGCAGGGGAAUCCCGUCUGUAGCCUUGUGUCGGAUUCUCUCAGUGAGAUGUCCUCCAGUCCAACUCCUUGUGGUGGCAGUGCAGAUCCAUCUGUAACCCAGGCCCAUGAGCAGCUGCCCAACAUCUCAUCCCCCAAAGAAUCUGCGGGGGCAGCCACUGCUGAUUCAGUUCUGAAGACGCUCUUUCUAUGCCUGAGCCCAUACCAACAGGAUAGAGAGCAACAGGACAGUUUUCAGAUCAGUGUACCUUCAGAAAGCGGAAAGCAGGACAAAAGCAGCACGGGGUGUGUCUUUGUUAAGCAGCGGCAGAAGAGAAAAAAGAGUAGACGAAGGAAUAAGCUCAAGACUCAGUAUUCCCAACAGCAGUCCACUGAGAAAACAUUUGCGCACUCAACGGAGCGCCAGCCCUCUUUUCAGGCCUCUCUAAUCUCUUUGGAUGCAACAAUUGAGUCAACCCUCAGCAGUCCAGCUAUAACUGAACAUCAGGUGAAAAACUCUAGAACACACAACUUACCAUUCAAACCAGUGACACAAUUGAUGCAGCGUCACACCCGACCGAGACUGAAGAACACCUCAGAGGAAAGGGGGUGUGUAAACGGGAACGUGGCGGUUGCACCACUCAAGGACCUUUUUAAGACUUUAGACACCAAUGUUUUCCACUUCGAACGUUAACGUUAGAAUUACGUGUGUUUUAUCUCACUAACAAUCUUGAUUAAAGCCAAGUAUUGCCUCCUCCAAGGAGCUUAUCUUUUCA